AUACGCCGCCCUCUCUUGCAGAAGAAACGCUGUUUGAGGUGGAAAGCAACUCCGUCGAGCUAGUCGCUGCUACAGAGGCUGCAAAGUUGAGCUUGGCAGAUCACCUUGCGACAGCUGCGUAAGAGUGCCGCCUUAUAGCCCGACUUGAGACAAUCCGCCCCUGUAAAAGCAAAGGUCGUUUCGAGCACCAGCAUGAUCACCUCACCGAGCAGCAAGUCUCCGUGGCUGGGGUCAACUUUAGCUUCAACAUUCGUAUUCGCCUCGUUUCUGGCAACUGCGGUGUCCUACUCAGUGACCGGGACGGCGCACGCAACCACCAAGUGCUCCGAGAAGCAGUUCAGGUGCAUAACUGCAGGGAACUGCCUGCCCGGAAUCCGGCAGUGCGACGGAACGUCGGAUUGCGAAGACGGAUCGGACGAGCAGGACUGCAACGAUAACAGGACGUGUUUUGAUGAAGGAUUCCGUUGCGAACAGGGUGGUCGGUUCAUCCGGGCAGCUUGGAGGUGUGACGGCCAACACGACUGCGCAGACGGCUCGGACGAAAGGAACUGUACGAAUUCGCCGAAAUGCCCGGAAAACGAGUUCGCCUGCAGGAACGACAGUCACUGCAUUUUGUCGACUUGGCGGUGCGACGGCCACCACGACUGCCAUGAUGGUUCGGACGAGGAUGGUGCCAUGUGCAAUGAACGUUUUACCUGCCCUCAUAACAAAUUCCCUUGCAAGGCCUUCGCUUCCUUUGUCUGUCUCCCCACAGAAAGACGAUGCGACGGCGACAUUGACUGUGACGGCGCUGUAGACGAGAAGAACUGCACUAGACCGAAACUAUCAUGCGCAGAGAACGAGUUUACAUGCGUCGACUUACAUCAGUGCAUACCUGCAGCUCUGGCCUGUGACGGUAAACCGGACUGCAAAGAUCGUUCAGACGAAGACUGGGUGGGCUGUGUCAGUGAUGCGCCUUGCCCGUCGGGCCAGUUCGCUUGUAGACGCACUUACGGGGGCUCAGUUAUGUGCUUGCCUGGGACGUCCCUUUGCGACGGGCAAACGCAGUGCGUCGACGGCUCCGAUGAAGUCGGUUGCGAAGACCGCAUCUGCGAAGCGGGAGAGUACAGCUGUGUGGGAGGGCGCUGCAUUCCGCAGCAAUGGACGUGCAAUGGCAAGCUCGACUGCCGAGACGGAGCGGACGAAGACGCGAUGUUAUGCCUCCUGUAUAGGUCGGUGUGCCGUCUGGCGGGUCAGCUUCCCUGCGACUCGCCCAACGGUAGCACCAUCUGCAUCGGCGACGAGCAAAGGUGUAACGGGCACGUGGACUGCCGGGACGCCAGCGACGAGAGGCGGGACUGCGCCAAGUGGGCCUCCCAUUGUCGAGGAAGCUUCUUCCGGUGCGAUAACGGCAGGUGUGUACUGAAGCACUGGAGGUGCGACGGCGACGACGACUGCUUUGACGGAAGCGACGAAAGAGAUUGCGCCGGUGGUCAGGAACGCUCCAAGAACUGCUCCAUUGGCGAUAUUUCGUGCUUCUCGGGUUUCGGACUGCUCCUCACUCAACUUGUGGUAGACCAAGCGGCGCCGAUUGGGGAACCGCCACUUGCGGGACGCAGACCUGAACGAGGGACCGGUGCCGUCAUGUCGCCGAUUCCUGUAGCCCUCCUGUCUCUGUCGGUCUUCCUCAGCGCUCUGACCCCAGCAGUGACCUACAGCAUUCAGCUAGCUCGAAAAUCGGACCCUUGCUUGACAAACGGGUUCAAGUGCGCAAUCAGCGGUAACUUCAUUCGGGCGGCGUGUUUCUGCGACAGAAGGAAUGACUGCGACGACGGCUCCGACGAACGCGACUGCGCACGAGGCAGCCGGUGUUCGGUGACGGAGUUCCGUUGCCAAGACGGCCAGUGCAUCUCAAGCUGGCAGUGGUGCGACGGCAGGCCGGACUUCGACGAGCGCUUGAACGAAAGCAAGGCACUCUGCAGGUCCGAGACCUCUCGUCCUGAUCACUUCGCGUGCACGAACCGCCCAGGCGCUUGUAUUCCCGCCGAGUGGCGCUGUAACAAAGUUCGCGACUGUGCUGACGGCUCCGAUGAAGGAGACUGCCCGAAUGUGACCUGUUCGAAUGAGACAGAGUUCGUUUGCCGAAACGGCCGAUGCGUCCGGCGGCAUUGGAGAUGCGACGGUGACGACGACUGCGGUGAUGGGUCGGACGAAGAGAACUGCCCCGCGCGAAGCAUGCUCGUCGUCAAAGCUCACGUGUGGCAGCGGGGAAUGCAUCCCGAGUUCGCUACGCUGCAAUAAGCUUCGCGACUGCCAGGACGGGUAGGACGAAAAUUUUCGAAAGUGUACCCUGCAAGGGUGGGACACAAUGACGAGGUUGCCUGUGCGAUUCCCGCCGACGCUUGCCUUUCGCGGAAGUCUCGAUGCGACGGCCGCGAAGACUGCGUCAACGGAUCCGACCAAAUGGAGUGCGUAAGUGCGACCUACGUCAGGUACGACGUUUCGUGCGCUAACGACCAGUGCUGCAGGAUUUUGACGCACUGAGACCGUCGGCACGAUUCAUUCUUUGCCCGGUCGUGUAGCUAAGAAAGACAAUCACUUCCUCUUGGAAACUUCUUUGUUUUUCUGAACUUUUGCUGAGAUGGCCCCGAGAACAUUGUUUUUCGCGAAAUAGGGCACAGAUCGCCAAGUCCAGGUCAUUCAGCAGGCUGAAGAGGCCGCCAGAGCCCUAGAAACUCCUGACCACCUAGGUGAUGCACCUAGGAGCGGCGUAUUACUCCUACGCUUGGUUCACAACAAAGUUUUCACUCCACUCUGGAGUUGCAGAAGUUCCAACGAGGAGUGAAUGUAUUAACAGCGGUCAGUGUUCAUUUCAAGGUUGCAGUGUGUGAUGGAUCUGAAGGCUGCCAAAGGCAGUUGGAUGCGAUCUAGUUAAUCUUCAAAAUUAGGACACAUAAUUUCCGGUGAAAUUCGGAGAUAAUUCCAGAAGAGCUUGCGCUUCCUAGAAAUAUCGCUAGUGACAAAGACUAUACUGCACUGCAAGCUGUCACGGAAGUACGCAGAGACAAACGCCUUCUCAUUUGCCCACCUUCAUAGAGACAUAUAUAGUCAAACACUGUCUACACAGUCGCUGUAGGCCCAAUGUUUGUGUAGCAACACCUGGAGAAUACUGCGUCGACAACACACGCUCUCCAAAGAUGCACAGAGUUAUCUGACACCACCUCAGCCAAAGGAUGGAAGGAAUCAAAAUUAAAUACCUGAACUAGGGAAAUUGUACUACAUUUCUUGCUUCCUUUCUUAUCUCAUGGCCGUGCGUAUAAUGAAAAUAUCAGUAUUCGCGUCCUAAAACCUAGCUGUUCACCUAUCGAGUGCCUUUUAGCGUUCGCCUCCAUUCGGUGGCUUCAUGAUAGUCACUUCUUCUCGUUUAUAAAGAUAUUCAAAAUACAGCCUACAAGCUUUGCCAAGACCUUGCACGGGUUUUUGUCAUCACGCUCUCAAACAUCACCAUUUCUUGCAAAUGCAAUCAUGGAAAAAUAAAACUGAAGGUUAUACGAAACAUAAUCAACUGCUCCUUCGGGGAGAUUCUCCGGGAUUCUGAUUCGGACUGAACUUUCUUUUUUUUUGCUGGCAUCGCAGUGUGUCAGUGCAAUGCGGAUGUACAUGCACGAAGCGUCUUGCACACGUCCAUCAGUGACGCACUCUCUGCAAGAAGACUCGGAAUAGCGAUGAGAACUUUCUGUUUGAAUCUUUCAAGACUGUAGCGCUGUGUGUUGUAUUUCGGUGUUUAUUCUGGAAACAAGGUUUUCUUUCGUAUUUCUUUCUCGGCAAGAUUGUUUUUAGAACAACAUUGUUAGUGUGAGUAUUUUAAUACUUUUAUUUAAGGAACCACACUUCUUUACUUACACGGAACCGCGUCUCCUUUUCACAAAUUUCGGCUUUCCAUUCGUAGAAGGUGACUUCCUAUGUGUGCACACUUUGCUUCUAGUUGGUGCGAAGACCCGCCACUAUUACUAUAAGCAACGCGAAAAUCUAAGGAUGCGUGGAGGGGGUUCCGUAGUGAAGCAAAUGCAACUAUCGCACGCACGUGCCACAGAGCUCGUUAAACGAGCCUAAUAUAAGGUGUGGACGUUGACAAACGGCUUGACGCCUGUGGCAAGGAGCACGCUUAACGGUUACCCGACACGUUUAUUUGGCACAACAAGCUGUGGCCGAUCUCUAACGCCGUCUCACUUGGCUCGGACUGGAGUAAGUCAGUGUAAUGUCCUAUUGUAAUGAGAAAGAAUGUAUCUUUCCCGUAUUACUCUUGAACGUGGACAUCAUCACUUCUUUUGUUGUUAUGUCUUGUGUUGCCUUUUGUACGCAAAAACUAUGAGAUACAAUCUAUUUUUG